AUGGCUACCGAGCAAAACGACCAAGAGGAAAGAGGAGCUCUCAUCGUUUUCGAAGACCGACAGUCGCCUGUCGGUGAGAUGAUCGACAGAUAUCUUCGAGGGGAGAUCGAUAUGGAUGAGCACGCGUUGCACUUGCUGUUCUCGGCAGAUCGCUUCUUGAAGAAGAAGAUGAUCAAGCAGCAUAUUGUAGUGAAGAUUUAUGGCAAGAAGAAUGAGAUACUAAUAAUAAUUAUCGUUUUCCGGCCGAUUGGUCUCCCAAAACCAGACAUCGUACUCUUCUUCCAAGUGUCUCCUGAAGUAGCAGCAUCACGUGGCGGAUUCGGAAACGAACGUCUCGAAACGGCACAAUUGCAAGCGGAGGUGGCAAAGGUGAUGCCAACACUUCGCGAUGACGCCUUCUGGAAAUCGGUCAACGCUGAUGCAGCACUUGCCGCUGUUGAGAAGGAGGUGUUCCAGUUGUACACGGAGUUGGAUCGCAGCAAGCCACUGGAGGUCUUGGAGAAGAUUUGA